GCUUCCUCGUAAUAGUUCCUCUGGCUCUGUAUCGAUCUCUUUUCCUCUUACUCUCACACCAUUGGGAACCCAAACGCUCGUCUUCGUCCUCAUCCCCUCGAUCGCCAUUGUUUCUCUCUCCAAUCUCCAUCACCAUCUCUCCUUCUCUCUCGGAUUAUCGUGGAUUUAGGGCUAGAUAUAAGCAAUUUGAUAGCUAAGUCCCUCUUCUCGAUCCAGGUACGUGUGUUAUAUGCGUCGAUCCGAAGCUCAAUCCACUACAUGAAGGAUUCGUGAACGAAGCCCUAAUUGAGAUCAAUUGUUGAAGGGUUCUCGUCACUCAGGAGCAGUUAUGCUUCGGGAAUGUUGUAUACAAGGAAUUGCUGGGAGUGCGGGGAAUAUCAUGCAGGGAAUUGGUGGAUUUGUUUUUGGAAGUGAAAAUUCUGCUUCAAGUGAAGAUAGCUAUGUUGAGCGUUUCCUCGAUCGUAUUAGCAAUGGUGUGUUAGCAGACGAUAGGCGGGCUGCUAUGGCGGAACUUCAGUCGCUUGUAGCAGAAAGUAGUUCAGCUCAGAUGGCUUUUGGGGCAAUGGGGUUUCCGAUACUUCUGAAUGUUAUUAAAGAAGAACGUGAUGACGUUGAAAUGGUCCGAGGUGCCUUAGAAACUCUUGUCAGUGCCUUGACACCAAUAGAAACAUUGCAUGCGUCAAAAAAUGCGGUUCAACCUGCUUCAUUGAAUUCCGACAUGCUUUCUCGAGAAGCGGAGAGUAUAUCUCUUUUGCUAAGUUUAUUGUCAGAGGAUGACUUUUAUGUGCGAUACUAUACCCUGCAGCUUCUAACAGCCCUUGUUACACAUUUUCCGAAAAGAUUACAGGAAGCAAUUCUUUCAAUUCCUCGUGGUAUAACUCGUCUAAUGGAUAUGCUUAUGGAUCGCGAGGUUAUAAGAAAUGAAGCCUUGUUGCUUCUUACUUAUUUGACUCGAGAGGCAGAGGAAAUUCAAAAAAUUGUUGUUUUCGAGGGUGCAUUUGAGAAGAUAUUCAGCAUUAUCAAAGAGGAAGGAGGUUCCGAUGGAGGUGUUGUUGUGCAGGAUUGUCUAGAAUUGCUGAAUAAUCUUAUUCGUAAUAAUGCAUCUAAUCAGAUAUUAUUGAAGGAAACGAUUGGGUUUGAUCCUUUAGUAUCAAUAUUGAAGCUACGGAGAGGUAGUGCUUACAAUUUUACUCAACAAAAGACAGUAAAUCUUCUAAAUGCAUUGGAAACUGUUGAAUCACUUCUGAUCGGAGGACCAGCAGGUGACCCAGGUAAAGAUGCUAAUAGGCUAUCAAAUCAAACUGCACUUGCGCAGAAGAAAAUUUUGGACCAUCUUUUACUCUUGGGAGUAGAGAGCCAAUGGGCUUCAGUUGCAGUGCGCUGUUUGGCUUUGCGAUGCAUAGGCAAUUUGGUUGCGAGAAAUCCUCAGAAUCUUGAUGCUCUUGCAAGCAAGCAAGUCGGAGAAGAGCCCCAUGUCGAGCCUGCCCUAAAUGCCAUUUUUCGUGUUCUCAUACGUACAUCUGUACUACAGGAAUUUGUCGCUGCCGGCUAUGUCUUCAAGUGCUUUUGUGAGAAAAAUUCAGAUGGUCAAGCAUUAUUAGCUUCAACAGUGACUUCUGAUGCUAGCUUGUCAAGUCAUGCUACUCUUGACGUUGGUGUCAGUAUGCCAUUUGGAAGUAUGCUUCUGCAAGUGCUAAUAUCAACUGAAGCUAAUGAAGAUUUUGAGGCAUGUUCCAGAGCAGCUAGUGUUCUUUCUCACAUACUGAUGGACAAUGUCCAAUGCAAGGAACGCGUACUACGCAUUGAGCUCGAAACACCUGUGCCAACCUUAGGCCCGAAAGAACCACUCUUGCACCGAAUCGUGAAGCACUUAGCUCUUUCCACAUCUGCAAGAAAUACUAAGGAUGACAACCCCGCCAUUUCAACAGGGGAGUCAUAUACCGAACAGCUUAUUCUCAAGCUACUGAUCACAUGGCUUGCCGACUGUCCCAGUGCGGUGAACUGCCUUCUGGAUUCGCCGCCAUAUCUCACAUAUCUACUCGAGCUCGUGUCAAAUGCUAAUUCCACUAUAUGGGUGCGUGGAUUGGCUGCUAUUGUAUUGGGAGAAUGUGUUGUAUUCAAUAAAAGUGGUCAGAAUGGGAGAGAUGCCUUCGCCAUUGUUGAUGCUAUAAGUCAAAAGAUUGGUCUAACCUCAUACUUCCUCAAGUUUGACGAGUUAAAGAAAAACUUUACUUCUCUCUCCACGUCAUCCCAUCAGCGCAAGCCAAUUACAAGAUCGAAUACAGCUAGUAUGGCUGAAACUGAGGAUGUUAUUGAGAAUGAGGAAAAGACUGAGGAUGGACAUCCAAUCCUUGUUGAAAUCUUUGAUUCACAGUUUGUGAAUUUUCUUUGUAAGCUCGAAGGUGAUAUUAGAGAACGUGUUGUGGACAUCUUCAGUCGUACGAAAGAUAAGGUCACAGUGUUGCCAGCAGAGUUGGAGCAGAGAGAUGGAGAGAUUGAUGAAGAGUACAUCAAACGGUUGAGAUCAUUUGUGGAGAAGCAAUGCAGCGAGAUGCAGGCCCUACUUAGUCGAAAUGCCGCAUUAGCCGAGGAACUGGUGAGGACAGGCGGAGGCAGCGGAUCUGAUUCCUCCCAGAAGCCAGGUGGUAGCAGCAGCAGGGAGAGAGUUCAGUCUGAAGCCCUUCGCCAAGAUCUCCAAGAAGCAGCCCUACGCAUUGAGAAGCUCAAAUCCGAGAAGUUGAAGAUAGAAACUGAAGCCACCAACUAUCGAAAUGUGGCCACAAAGCUAGAAGCCGAUUUAAAAAGCCUGUCGGAUGCUUACAACAGCCUAGAACAGGCCAACCUCCAGCUAGAAGCUGAAGCAAAAGCACUUCGGAAGGGAGAGAAAGCGCCCUACCCCGAUAUCGAUGCUAUACGGGAAGAGGCAAGGGAAGAAGCCCAAAAGGAGAGCGAGGCUGAAUUGAAUGAUCUGCUAGUUUGCCUCGGCCAGGAGCAGAGCAAGGUGGAGAAGCUGAGCACGAGACUCAAGGAGCUCGGCGAGGACGUGGAUGCACUCCUCGAGGGGAUCGGGGAUGAUGCGGGGCUACCAGAGGAGGAUGACGACGAGGAAUAAGGCUGAGCUGCGGGGAAGAAACGUAUUACGAGGACGAAACACAUUUAUCGACCUGUCUCAAUGUUGAUUUCCCUAAUCUGUUCAUGAUGUGAAUUAGUGAAACCUAGAAUGGUUAAGUAAAACAAUGAAGAUUUGUGAAGUGCUACCGUGACCCUAAAUCCAAACCAUCGUGUUGCAAUUGUAAUCUAAUAGUCAGUUCAAUUGACAUAAAAGUACAAUUAAUUAUCUCAAA